AUGGAAAAUAUUCCACCCCCUCCCAAAGGACCAAGUCAAAUCCAAUAUAACUUUAUUACCGUAGAUGAAGCCUUGAAGGAGUUCGAUACGAUACUGUCACCAUACGAGCAAGAGGAAAUUACUUCAUACUCAAGGAUUUACUACGCCGGCCAGCGCUGUCGUGAUAAAAUACAAGCACCUCAACAGGGUCAUAAUUAUGGAUAUGAUAAUGCCGAUAGCGAGUACAAAAUAGUCGUACAUGAUCAUAUUGUGUACCGCUAUGAAAUUGUUGGCUUUCUCGGUGGCGGUACUUUUGCUCAGGUUGUUAAAGCUAUUGAUCAUGCCACUAAAACUCAGGUAGCAAUAAAGAUUGCCAAAAACCUGAAAGCAAUCACAAAACAGGCUGAAAUUGAGGCGGCUAUGCUAUUGUAUAUCCAAGAUGCGGAUCCAAACGACAUGUUUGGCUUUAUGCGAAUGCUUAACAACUUCAUGUUCCGUAACCAUAUGUGCAUCGUCAGCGAGCUGUUAGGUAUGGACUUGUACACUUACAUGGAAAUGACAGACUUUAAGUCCAUGUCGCUUCAAGAAAUUAAAAAUAUUGCCUCAACGAUACUCAUUUCGUUGGACUUUAUGUGGAGGAAGAAUAUCAUUCAUAGAGAUUUGAAGCCCGAGAAUAUUGUGUUCAGGUCUAAUGAUAGCAGAGAAGUCAAGAUAAUAGACAUGGGCUCCGCUUGCCAUAACGAUAAAAAAUGUUAUGGCUACAUUCAGUCGAGAUUUUAUAGAGCACCAGAAGUUAUUCUUAGGGUGCAAUCUGGACCUCCUAUCGAUAUGUGGAGCUUUGGCUGCAUUCUUUGCGAACUAGCUACCGGUUAUCCAAUUUUCCCUGGCGAAAAUGAAAACGAUCAAUUUAAGAUCAUCGUCGAUUACAUCGGGCCACCUCCACUGACAAUGCUUAGGGCAAGUGUAAAUGAAGCCAUCAACUCAGAUGCAACGCUAUGCUACCUCGCGUCUCAGGGCGAAAAUGCAAAGAUUCAAGGCCUGAGCGUCAAUCGGCUCGCUUCAUUUUUGGACGUCCCUCCAGACGAUGUUUUUCUAAACUUCAUCCAGCAGCUUUUAGUCUGGGAACCCGAAAGGCGCGCAACGCCAUGUGAGGCAAUGAGGCAUCCGUGGAUAUCGAAAAGUCUUAUCGUUCGCAACCCGACACAGGGCAUUGAUGAUAUUCCAACUAGGACAUUGACCCCAAACCUCGAAGAAUCAGUCGGGGCAAUGCCCACAACGCUCCACUCCCAGAAGACGAGAAAUGGGGAGCGUGAGGACUCAUGGAUACCCUUGGAAACCCAACCAGGCGCCACGACCGAGAGCACUUCAAAAGAAGCUGCCAUGGAGGGAAAGUCGGCCGCAGAGAUCUUCUCAAUGCUGUUGUCUUCUCCUUUUUCGAACUCUAAACUAAAUUUUCAUUAUACAAUGCUGUCGUGUAGCGAACCUGGCGCUGCGGAGCAGAAUAAGUUGUCGUGCCUUCUUCAGAAAGCCAAUGUCCGGCGCACGUGCAGACGACCAGUUGACGCAAUACACGCUAUUAUUGCACAAAAUGACUUCACUAGGAACAAAUCGGAGAUCGUGAAAAAUAGAUGUGAACAAGGUGAAUCUGUCACCGACACUCAUGGUCCUUAA